AUGACCGACCCCAUCACUCACCAGCAGAUCCACACCGGCGAGAAGAGCUACCAGUGUCAGCUCUGUGGGCAGGAGUUCAUCUUCGCUAACAGUCGCCGCCAUCUCAAAACUCACACAGACCUUGGUCCCAACACACAAGGACUGAUCAGAAAGAAGAAGAAGAAGAAAACUUACAGACCAGUGAGUGAGAUUAGUCAGGAGAAUGUGUCCCAGUUGAACUGCACGCUGUGUGGCUACACCUUCAAAACUGUAUCUCAGGUGGAGGAACAUCUGAAAACUCACUCUGGAGAGAAUCCUAUCUUUGAGUGUAAUGUGUGUAAAAAAGAGUUCAAUAGUCAUAGGUCUCUAUGGAGACACAAGCACAGUCAUGUGGACAAUAAACCAAUCAGUUGUGAAAUCUGUAACAAGUCAUUCCGAACCAGCUACUACCUGAAGUCUCAUAUGAAUGCUCACAAUGGUGCUAAGCCUUACAAAUGUAAGUUCUGUGAUUUACAUUUUACAUAUGCUAGCACCAGGCGGCGCCACCAGCGAACACACAUUCCAGAGGAGUGUAUGAACUUCAUGUGUAACAUUUGUGGAAAGAAGUUUUAUGAUCAGUGUGAUUUUGACCGUCACAUGCUGGGGCAUUCAGGAGAGAAGCCUUUUAUGUGUGAUGUGUGUGGAAAGACAUUUGCCACUAAAGCUCUACUUAGGAGUCAUCUGAACCGCCAUAAUGGAGAGAAGCAGUACAAGUGCCAGAUCUGUAACAAGACGUUCCUCUACCACUACCGUUUGAAGCGGCACAUCAAGACACACAAUGCUGUGAAGGCUUUCAAAUGUGACAUGUGUGACAAGGGUUUCCUCACGCAGGCAUAUCUGUCCACGCAUCUUCGUUCUCACACCGGCGAGAAGCCAUACAAGUGUGAGUACUGUAAUGAGGAAUUCAGCUUCUCCAACACCUUCCGUCGACACAAGCGAAUCCACACAGGUCAAACUCUCAACUGCUCUGUGUGUGGGAAGAUGUGUCUGGAGCUGUUUGACCUGAAGAGGCACAUGAUGUCUCACUCCGACCUGAAGCCAGUCAUGUGUGACAUCUGUGGCAAGACAUUCAGCCACCACAACAGCUGCAAGAGACACAUGAAGAGGAUCCACCCAGAGAUGGUCCUGCCCUUUAAUGUGUAG